CUUCAGAAAGAUCUUGCAGUUCCGCGUUGUCAGAUCCGCGGCUAGUUCUCACCACGUCACGGGCUGCUGAAGUGAGGUCUCGUUUCCCGGGACCCCGGCAUGUCCGCUCCACUAGACUCGGACGAUGCCUAUGAUUUCCUCUUCAAGAUCGUACUGAUCGGAGAUGCCGGGGUGGGAAAGACGUGCGUGGUACAGCGGUUCAAAUCCGGGGUGUUCGAGGAGAGACAGGGGAACACGAUCGGUGUGGACUUCACUAUGAAGACUCUGGACAUUCAAGGGAAACGGAUUAAGCUGCAGAUCUGGGACACUGCUGGACAGGAACGCUUUCGGACCAUAACGCAAAGUUAUUACAGAAGCGCCAAUGGGGCCAUCAUCGCUUACGACAUCACCAAGAGGAAGUCCUUUGAAUCCGUUCCUCGCUGGAUAGAGGAUGUCAGGAAGUACGCUGGCUCCAACAUUGUGCAGCUGCUUAUCGGCAACAAGUCGGACAUGCACGCUUCUCGAGAAGUCCAGCUUGAAGAAGCCGAAACUCUGGCCAAACAUUAUGACAUCAUCACCACUUUUGAAACCUCCGCCAAGGAUUCCAGUAACGUGGAAGAAGCUUUUGUGAAGAUGGCCACCGAACUGAUGAUGAUGCAUGGCGGGCCAGUAUUCAGCGAAAAGUCCACAGACAGCAUAAAACUUGACAGCAAAGACUUGGCUGGAGACUCCUGGAAUUGUGCUUGUUGAUGACAUUUUUUUUUUCUUCUGAUAUCUAUUAGGUAGUUAAUUCAGUGAAAUUGCCUGCAAUUAGUAUGACCAUACAUCAGUAUGCCAGUUGUUAGGGAGGGACACCUCCUGUUGCAUUAUGGGGGCACAAGUUCAGCAUUAGACUGGCACCACUGGCUGCAUAACUCUGCCAUAGAUUCAAUUCUUCAAAAAAUGUCUUUAACUUCCUUUUUUUUCCUGAACGUUCUACUACCUUUAAUUUAUGCAGACGACAAUGAGGGGGAGCAACCGCGGAAAAUGUUGUGGAACUGGAUUCCACGUAAGUGAAUUAUGCAGAUUCUGUGGGUCCAAAGACCAGUACACUGUAACUUUGUAUAGUAAUCACGUCAGAUGCCUUGUAGUCUAUGGGCUGCUCUGAAAGGUCAGAAGAACCCUAGAUGAUUCUCUAACUCUACAGCUUGGCAGAUGGCCACACAAUCUACAUGUAGCACCACCUGCAUUUUUUGCAGAUGUUUUUCUAAACUUUUUAAAACUUGAAAAAAGAAAAAGCAAUCUAUUUUAUUGAUAUUUUAUUCUUUCUAGCUGGACAGAAAACUGGCCUAAUUAUUACUUAGUCAUUCCAGAAUUUUUAUAAUCUUUGGUUGUUUGACCCUUAGAACAUUUCAAGACUGGGAAUAAUGUGCAAUGUUUCAAAUCCUUAAACGCGAAAUAACAUUUCAAAUGAUUUUUUUUUUACUUUUCUUUUUUCUUUUCUUAAAUAGAUAUAAAUAUAUUUAUCACCAGCAAAUGAAUUUGAAAUAAAUAAUUUUAAACGUG